AUGGUUUCCAAAAAGAUCAUCACUGUCUUCGGCGCUACCGGAAAGCAAGGCGGCUCAAUCGUUGAAAAGUUCAUUUCGGACCCAAAGCUCAAGGAACAAUGGACUGUUCGAGGCAUCACUCGCGAUGUAUCCAAGGACUCGGCCAAAAGGUUGGCGUCGCUAGGCAUCGAGGUCGUUAGUGCCGACAUGGAUGACAAAGAGUCUCUCCUGAAGGCUAUAGCUGGCUCCCACACAGUUUUUAGCGUGACAAAUUACUGGGAGAAGAUGAGCAUGGACGGCGAGAUCCAGCAAGGCAAAAACGUUGCAGACGCUGCCAAGGAAGCAGGAGUCCAGCACUUCAUCUGGAGCUCCCUCAUCAACGUCACAAAUGUGAGCAAGGGAAAGCUCUCCAAAGUCUACCACUUCGACAGCAAGGCCGAGGUCGAGGACUACGUGCGCAGCAUCGGCAUCCCGGCCACCUUCUUCCUGGCAGGGUUUUACUUGAGCAACUUCAAAUCGCCAAUGUGGUUCCGCCCGACCGGCCCCGACAACGCCUGGACGUUUUCCGUCCCUGGGCCCAGCACGUCGCCGGUGCCCGUAUACGACGUGAGCGACACGGGCAAGUACAUCAAGGCGAUCGUGCUGAACCGCGACGCGCUGCUGGGCGGGCACGUGCUGGGCGCCACCGAGUUCAAUACGUUCGACGAGCUGCUCGUCGAGUUCAAGCGCGCGUUCCCGAGGGACGGCGCCAACGCCCGGUUCCACGAGUUGUCGGAUGAAGAGUAUCUCGAGGGUAUGAAGAGCGCCGGCAUGCCCGACUUUGUGGGCGAAGAGAUGCUGCAAAACAUACAACUGCUGAGCCAAUUCGGGUAUUACGGCGACGAGAGCCUGGACGAGACUCACAGAUUGGUUGAGGGCGCCGGAGAGAGGCUUACCACCUGGAGUGAGUGGUUGUCGGGGCCUGCAGGUUUCAAGGAUCUCCAAUGA